AUGACCUGGAACACCAACCUCCGCUGGCGGCUGCCGCUCCUCUGCCUGGUCCUGGAGGUGGCCAUGGUGGUGCUCUUUGGCUUGUUCGUGCGUUACAGCCCCGACGCCGACAACCGCUGGAGCAACGAGAAGAGGAAAGGCAAUAUCACCAGCGACCUGGAGAACGAAUUCUACUAUCGCUACCCGAGCUUCCAGGACGUGCACGUGAUGGUCUUCUUGGGCUUCGGCUUCCUCAUGACCUUCCUGCAGCGCUACGGCUACUGCGCCCUCGGCUUCAACUUCCUGCUGGCGGCCUUGGGCGUGCAGUGGGCGCUGCUCAUGCAAGGCUGGUUCCAGUACACAAAGAAUCGCCGCAUCCUCCUGGGCAUCAAGAACCUCAUCGACGCCGACUGCUGCGUGGCCUCUGUCUGCGUGGCCUUCGGGGCAGUUCUCGGCAAAGUCAGCCCCGUCCAGAUGCUCCUCAUGACCUUCUUCCAAGUGGCUCUCUUCUCCGCCAACGAGUUCCUCCUCCUGCACGUGCUAGAGGUGAAGGAUGCAGGGGGCUCCAUCACCAUCCACAUAUUUGGCGCCUACUUUGGGCUCACGGUGACCUGGAUUCUCUACCGACACAACCUAGACCAUAGCAAGGAGAGGCAGAGUUCUGUGUACCACUCGAACCUGUUUGCCAUGAUUGGCACCCUCUUCCUGUGGAUAUACUGGCCCAGCUUCAACUCUGCCAUGUCCAACUACGGGGAUGCCCAGCACCGGGCUGCCAUCAACACCUACUGCUCCUUGGCAGCCAGCGUGCUCACCUCCGUGGCCAUGUCCAGCGUCCUGCACAAGAAAGGCAAGCUGGACAUGGUGCACAUCCAGAACGCCACGCUCGCUGGCGGGGUGGGCGUGGGCACCGCUGCCGAGAUGAUGCUGAUGCCUUACGGCGCCCUCAUCGUCGGCUUCAUCUGCGGCGCCGUCUCCACGCUGGGUUUUGUGUACCUGACGCCAUUCCUGGAGUCCCGGCUGCGGAUCCAGGACACGUGUGGCAUCCACAACCUGCACGGCAUUCCUGGCAUCAUCGGCGCCAUCGUGGGUGCCGUGACAGCAGCCUACGCCAGCCCUGAUGGAGAUCGAGGGUUUGUGUAUCCCUUUGGUUUCCACAAUGAAAAGGAUGAAAAAGUACAAGGCAGGUUUCAGGCUUUUGGCCUCCUCCUGACCUUGGCCAUGGCCAUGGUGGGUGGCACCAUCAUGGGGCUCAUUUUGAAAUUACCCUUCUGGGGACAAGCCACGGACGAGGACUGCUUUGAUGAUUCCGUCUACUGGGAGAUGCAUGAAGAGAAGAGUAGCAGUCCUGAGGACCACACACACAAGCCCUCGGUUCCCACAGAACCUGUGGAACAGCCUACAUCCUCAGCAACCUUGGCACCCUAAGGUCCUAGGGCAGGGGAGACACAAGCUCGACUGUUCCAGGCUACGCUGACCUAGCGGGGGACUCAAGACCAAGUGGGCAGCACCCCGUCUGCUGACGGGGCCCAGAGCGCCUCCCCUCUGCCCCCUGUAUGAUCCCAGGUGGGGAAGGAGGGCUCGGCGGCCAACCAAGGGGGCAUCCAAGCCAAGAUGUGGCUGCGGCAGGGCAGUUCCGCCUGGGGCCUUGGUGGCCACACUGCCGAGAAAAGCAGGCCUGUGUGCACCUGCGCUCUGGCCGGAGACAACUGAACCAGCAGCCGCCACUCCCCGGGCUGGCACCCCCCAUGCUGGCACCCCCCAUGCUGCUCAGUGCCUUGGAGGUGGCCGCCUCCGUGAAUAAAC